AUGCAGUUCGCCACUCUGAUUGCCUCCGUCCUCGCCCUUGCAGUGGGCGUCUCUGCCGCACCAUCUCCUGCUACUCCCCCCAAUACCCGUUAUGCUCAGUUUCGCCUUUUCGGUGAGCCCAGGUGCUUGGAGCAGAAUAUGGGCGAAUUGGGCGUCUACGGGAACUACGUCAACAAAUGCAACACUUUCCCUGAUGCUGCCGGUACGGUCAAGUCUGUUAGCUUCGAAUAUGCUAUCAAUAACUGCACAUUGCGCGUUUACAGCGAUGUGACUUGCCAUCUUACUCGACAUGAUGUUGAGGUGGGCACUUGUAUUUCGGGUGAUAAAGAAUAUCGCAGCUACGAAGUGCUUUGCAACCAUCUUUGGAUCCUUUGCAGGAUUCUAGAGUGA